AUGGCUCGCACUCUGUCAUCUCUGGAGAUUAUCCUCAGUGUUGUGACGUCUCUGCUUCUGGCCUGUUGUAUCGGACUGAUCGUAGUUUCAUGGAUCAGCCUGAAGCCUGAAGGUGCCUCUCUGCCAGUGGGGCUGAAUGGUCGGAUGGUGAUUACAGAGGGAGCUAAUUUCUCUGAAGAGCUGAAUGACCCCAGCAGUCAGUAUUUUAAAUCUUUGGCCUUUGAUGUCCAAAAACUGGUAUCUGAGGCGUAUGGUCACAGCGAGCUUAAACAUCUCUUCAAGUCCUGUCAGGUUUUAUAUUUCAGUCGGGGCAGCGUGGUGGUGAACUUUGACAUCUGGUUUGAUCAGCCACUUGAUGUGAAGGAGGCGGAGCAGCAGCUGGAGGCGGGGCUUCAGGAGGUCGGGCCCACAGGAUUGGUGAUUGACAGAAACAGCAUCCAGAUGACAGAGAAACAAGAUGAGACAACACAUGCACCGACCACCACACCUACCACCGCACCUACCACAGCACCUACCACCGCACCUACUACGAAUGAACAGAAGAUCACCUGUAACUUUGAGCAGGGCAUGUGUUUGUGGAGGCAGCAGGACAACAACGAUGGAGACUGGAUUCGAAUCAAUGGCUCCACGUUUCCUCCAAUGACUGGCCCAAGUUUUGAUCACACACUGGGAAACAGCUCAGGUUUCUACAUUGUCACACCUCCAAGUCCUGGCCAAUGGGAAAAAAGAUACAAGAUCCAAAGCCUUCCUCUGACUCCAUCCACAGAGCCCAUGUGUCUGAGCUUCUGGUAUCACAUGUUUGGAGAGGAAGUCCACCGUCUCACAGUCUUGCUCCGAAGAUUUCCAUUAGGUAUUGGUACAGUGGUGUUCCAGAAAGAUGGUAACUAUGGCGACAACUGGAACUAUGGCCAAGUGACCCUCAUCCUGAACAGAGAGUAUACGGUGGAGUUUGAAGCUAUAAAGAAGAGGGGGUUAAGAAAUGAUAUCGCUCUGGAUGACAUCAAACUCACCUCUGGCGCCUGUGGCCCCGCCCCCCCUGAACCAACCAAUGUACCGCUUCCAACAACCCCUCCCCCCAUACCAGCUGACUGUGGGGGACCUUUUGACCUCUGGGAGCCAAACUCCACCUUCAGCUCCCCAAAUUAUCCAGAAUCCUAUGGGAGCAAGGCUAAGUGUCUGUGGACUCUCCACACCACUAGGGGUCAGAAUAUCCAGCUCCACUUCCUGGACUUUGAUGUUGAAGAGACCUAUGAUGUCGUAGAGGUGCGGGAUGGCGCGGGACCAAGCUCCACCAUACUGGCUGUCCUCACUGGCAGCGAUCGCCCCACACAUGAUUUGUUCUCAACAACCAAUCAGAUGUCCGUCUGGUUCUUUACGGACAAAUCUAAUGAAGGCCGAGGAUUCACUGCCAACUUCACCUCUGGGGUCAACCUAGGGUUACCAGCUUCAUGUGCAGCCGGUCAGUUCCAGUGUCAGACAGGAAGUUGUAUCCCUGAAAACAGUCAGUGUAACGGCAAGAUCGACUGUCCCGAUGCCUCUGAUGAAGCUGACUGUGUUAUGUUGCAGGAGAACAAUACCAAUUUUGUCCAGGUACAAAUCAUUCACUCUUACUUCACCGUGUGUGCUGACACCUGGGACUCUCACCUGUCUGUCUUCACCUGUCAGUACCUGGGAUACAGGAACGGCGAGGCCACACUGAUGCCGUCUCUGCCACAAGAUUCACCAUUUUUAUCACUCAUAGUCAGCAACGGAACACUGGAAACUAACGUCAGUGAAACCUGUGAGAACGUAAUUUCUCUGAACUGUGACAACCAACCUUGUGGUGUUCGACUGAAUGUCACUAAUAACACGAGGGAGAUGCACCAAUCAGCAGAGAGCAUACCAGGUCAAGAUGUUGUCAGAGUGGUGGGCGGGGUUGAUGCUGCAAAAGGUGCCUGGCCGUGGAUGGUGUCAAUGCAAUGGAGGGGGAAUCAUGCGUGUGGAGCCUCACUGAUUGGCAGAGAUUGGGUGCUGACUGCUGCACACUGUGUCUACGGGAAGAACAACCAGCUUCUGUGGACGGCUGUUAUUGGACUACACUCUCAUAGUGGCGCCAACUCUGUGGACGUUCAGUCCCGAAAAGUUGAUCGCAUCAUCAUGAACAGACAUUACAGCAAAAUAACUAAAGAGGCUGACAUCGCCAUGAUGCAUCUGCAGCAGCCAGUCAACUUCACCAAGUUCAUCCAGCCGGUGUGUUUACCACCUCAAGGUCAGAAUUUCACACCAGGAAGAAAAUGUUUCAUUGCCGGAUGGGGACGAGACACUGAUGGUUCUCUCCCUGACGUUCUCCAGCAGGCUGAGGUUCCUCUAGUGGAUCAGGAUCAGUGUCAGCUCUGGUUACCUGAGUACAACAUCACCUCCAGCAUGCUGUGCGCUGGAUACCCCGAGGGAGGAGUCGACUCCUGUCAGGGCGACUCUGGAGGUCCACUGAUGUGUCUGGACGACGGACACUGGACUGUCAUUGGUGUGACAUCAUUUGGGAUUGGCUGUGGACUACCUCAGAGACCUGGAGUCUACGCCCGAGUCUCUGCCUUCACGUCCUGGAUCGCUGAGACCAGACGCUCCUCCGCCUCCUCCUUCUCCUGAGUUUUUUUACUAUUCAUAUAUGAAAUAAAUAAAUUAAAGUCAUUAUAAUUUAUGAAGAAGAUUCUCCUAAUAAACAAUGAACUGUUUUUACUGAAUUCAUUUUAAAGAUCACUUUGGUAUUUUACUGUUUUAUUUCUGUCAGUAAUAAUAAUUGAGGAGGUGAUGUUUCAUCAACUGUAAAUAAGAAAUUUUAAAAAAGUAAGUAUUUGAUUGAAAACUUUUCUUUUUACCCCAAACUUUUCUUUUAUCCAAUUUUUUUUACAUA